AUGGAGGCACCCGCCAGCAGACUGCUUCCGCCGCUACUGCUGCUGCUGCUGCUGCUGCUGCAACUGCGAGACGCCGCACCAGGACCCCUUCUCAGGUCCAGCAGGUGGCACGGUGACGUCACAGACGGCGCACUGCGGGCGGAAGAGGCGGAGCUUGAUGGGGACCUCGCCAGAGGAUUGGAUAGCGGCAGGCGCUGGACAAUAGUGCACGAUAAACUGGUGGCUCCGGACCCGUUUCCAGAGGAAGACGACGCCGAGGAGCAGUACAACCCUCCAUCCAACGGAACUGACGCCGGACUCUAUAACAAGGGCUUCUACGAGGGAGACAUCCUCCUGCAACCGGAGGUGAAGAACGCCGUCUCUGACCCAGCACUACUGUGGCCUCACGGUGCGAUUGUCUACAAAACGGACGAGCAAAUCGGUUGCCCAGAGUCUGCACAGUGCGAAAUCCUGAUGAAGGCCAUGGAGCACUACCACCGCAACACGUGCAUCCGCUUCAAGCAGUGGUCGGGGGAGGCCAACUACGUGAGGCUGUUCUUCAACCCGGAGAGCGGCGCCUGCUGGUCCCCCGUGGGUCGCCAGGGCGGCGAGCAGCUGCUGUCUCUGGGCGAGAGGUGCUGGUACCUAGGAAUAGUCAUCCACGAACUGGGCCAUGCCGUCGGCUUCUGGCAUGAGAUGAACCGCCCUGACCGGGAUGACUGGAUAGACAUUUUCUGGCACAAUAUUCUUCCUGGGUUUGGUGCUGCUUUCGCGAAGCACGCUAAUGAGUCGGUCGACACACUGGGAGAGCAGUUUGACUACAAGUCCAUCAUGAUGUAUGGAGAAUAUGCAUUUUCAAAGGACAAUGUUUCACCAACAAUUGCACCAAAAGUGGCUGGAACUGUCAUUGGACCAAUAUGGAAAAAGAGUCACCUCAGUGACAGUGACUUACGAAGGAUCCACAAGCUAUACCGCUGCAAUGGACACCAUGUGAAAUCCGGCUUCCCUUACGACAUUCAGUGUAACUUCAACCAAGAUGCAUGUGGUUUUAACAAUGCAGGCUCAGCUGCUUGGGAGCAGCAAAGUGUCAAUGCAACAGAUGGAUAUGUGUACUCUUCAAGCACCUCACCUGGUCACCUGAUGUCGAUCAACUUCCAUCCAUUGUCAGAAUCAGACCCCCGUGGUCCCAUUGGUUGCGUAUGCUUCUGGUACAAUGUUCCUCGGAAUGGAUACCUCAAGCUCUAUCAAAUAUAUAUGCGACGUGUCACACAGUUAACAAGUGGAAUGGUGAAGCAGGUUCUUCUGUGGGAAAGUGAUACUCGUACAACCACCGCUGAAUGGGUACAUGUCGAGGUUCCCCUUUAUGUCACAAGGAGCUUCAGACUGAUCUUCACAUCAUUGAGCAAUGGACAAAAUCCUGUUGCCAUGGAUCAGUUUGAACUGCACUACAGCCGAUGCAGUACUUUUCAGUCAAUUAAUAGAAAAUAUUCAGAAAAAAAGAGUAGCUUUAAGAAUACAGUUAUAUCUCACAGCCCACCAACAAAAACACCAACACAUAAUCUGAAACCAAAAAUUUCUAUCAUUUUUACACAAAAACCCUUAAUCUUUUCAGGUAAAAGCUCAAUAAUUCCCACUGUAAAAGCCCCAUCAAUAAUCAAAACACUUCAAUCAUUAAAUAUCAAAACAUCAUGAAGAAUAAAAGGUAUUUACAGGGCAAACCUUUUAUAGACAUGUUACAAAACAUGUUGAAGAACAUCUAAAUGAGCAGAAAUUUUUGGU